UUGCCCAGGUUCCUGCUGGGUUCCCUUGUGAAGAAGCAAUUCUGCACUGGACUCCUUGGGUGUGCAAUCGAGGCACACUCAAGGUGCAGAUCUGGAGUAAGCCGACGUGACCCAGUAUGGCUGGAGAGCUGCCUAUUGGAACAGAGUUGCCAACUAGUCCACUUGCUAUGGAGUACGUCAAUGACUUUGACUUGAUGAAGUUUGACGUCAAGAAGGAGCCACUGAACGGGAGAGCAGAGCGCCCUAUCAGACCCUGCAACCGUUUGCAACCCUCUGGCUCCGUGUCCUCCACUCCGAUCAGCACCCCGUGCAGCUCGGUGCCCUCCUCUCCAAGCUUCAGCCCAACAGAGCAGAAGACCCACCUGGAAGACUUGUACUGGAUGGCGGGCAGUUACCAGCAGAUGAACCCCGAGGCUCUGAACCUCACCCCGGAGGACGCUGUAGAAGCUCUCAUCGGGCCACACCAGAUGCCACCGCAGCUUCAGGGAUAUGAUGGCUACAGAGGUCAUCAUCAUAAUCACCAUCAUCACAGCCAUCAUCACCAAAACCACCACCAGUACCAGGGCGUCCCCCACGAGGAGAUGGCUCAUCCCCACCAGCACCCACACCACCAUCACCACCACCACCACCAUCAGGAUUCUCCAUCCGAAACCGGCAAUUCCACCCCUUCCCAGCAGCUCCAGAACAGCCACCCAUCACACCAGAGCAAUAACCAGAUAGAAGACAGGUUUUCCGACGACCAGCUGGUCUCCAUGUCUGUCCGGGAGCUCAACAGGCACCUGAGAGGCUUCACGAAAGAUGAUGUCAUCCGCCUGAAACAGAAGAGGAGAACCCUUAAAAACAGAGGCUAUGCCCAGUCCUGCAGAUACAAGAGGGUGCAGCAGAAACAUCACCUGGAGAGCGAGAAGACCCAGCUCAUCCAGCAGGUAGAGCAGCUGAAGCAAGAGGUCAAUCGGCUGGCCAGAGAGCGAGAUGCCUACAAAAUGAAGUGCGAGAAACUGACCAACAGCAGCUUCAGGGAGGCCGGCUCCACCAGCGACAACCCAUCCUCUCCAGAAUUCUUCAUGUGAGUUUCCUUGUGACAUCUCCAUCCAGAACUGUAGAGAGGGAGGACAAGAGGGGGUGCUUCCUUAUCAACUGACUACUUUCUGUAGACUAGUCUGCAGGGGGGUUACAUGGGUGCACAGAAGCUAAUGUUACACUGGUGGAUGU